GCCUCGCGGGCGGGGCGGGCUCGGCAGCUUCCGAGUCGGCCUCUGUGCGCGGCGAGAGCGCGCCCACCGCGCACCGGCAGCGGAUCCGCCAUGGGUCCGCCGGGCCCCGGGACCCGCACCGCACGAGCACCGGCCUAGAGCCAGUAUUGAAGCUAAGAGAUGGCUGACCAGGACCCUGGGGGCAUUAGCCUCCUGCAACAAAUGGUGGCCUCAGGUGCUGGGGCUGUGGUCACCUCCCUCUUCAUGACCCCCCUGGACGUGGUGAAGGUACGCUUGCAGUCUCAGCGUCCCUCUGCAGCCAGUGAACUGAUGCCUCACUCCAGAUUCUGGAGCCUCUCCUACGCCAAAUUUCCCUCCUCUCUCCCAUCUACAGGGAAGUGCCUCCUGUACUGCAAUGGUGUCCUGGAGCCCCUGUACCUGUGCCCAAAUGGCACCCGCUGUGCCACCUGGUUUCAGGACCCUACUCGCUUCACUGGCACCAUGGAUGCUUUUGUGAAGAUUGUGAGACGUGAGGGCACCAGGACCCUGUGGAGUGGCCUCCCAGCCACACUGGUGAUGACUGUGCCAGCCACUGCCAUCUACUUCACUGCCUACGACCAACUCAAGGCAUUCCUACGUGGUCGGGCCCUGACGUCGGACCUCUAUACACCCAUGGUGGCUGGUGCACUGGCUCGCUUGGGCACCGUGACUGUUGUCAGCCCCCUGGAGCUGGUACGGACAAAGCUGCAGGCUCAGCAUGUGUCAUACCGGGAGCUGGGUGCUUGUGUCCGAGCUGCUGUGGUUCAGGGUGGCUGGCGUUCACUGUGGAUGGGCUGGGGCCCCACUGCCCUUCGGGAUGUGCCGUUCUCAGCCCUGUACUGGUUCAACUAUGAGCUGGUGAAGAGCUGGCUGAGUGGUCUCAGGACAAAAGACAAGACAUCCGUGGGCAUCAGCUUUGUGGCUGGUGGCAUCUCCGGGACGGUGGCGGCCAUCCUGACUCUACCCUUUGAUGUGGUGAAGACACAACGCCAGGUAGCGCUGGGAGCUGUGGAGGCUGUGAGAGUGACACCCCCACACUCCGACUCCACCUGGCUGCUGCUGCGGAGGAUCCAGGCCGAGUCAGGCACCAGGGGACUCUUCGCAGGCUUCCUCCCAAGGAUCAUCAAGGCAGCCCCCUCCUGUGCCAUCAUGAUCAGCACUUAUGAGUUUGGCAAAAGCUUUUUCCAGAGGCUCAACAGGGAGCAGCCUCUGGGCUCUUGAAAGAAUCUGGGAGAUGAGGUCCACAUCUCUUCCAUGGAUUGGGGUGGGGCAGGAGACUGAGCCAAGUGCCUUGUCCUCAGCACUGAGGGGAGGGGUCUUUUUUCCCUUAACUCUCAACUAUGAGUCCCAGCAGUAGGGCGCUGUUCCCCUGGGGUCUGCCUCAGACAGCUUUUUUCUUGCUGCUCCUCAUUCCCAGACCCCAAGGAUCAUCACUGUUUCAGCCCUCCAAGUUCAAGACCAAACCUGUAACUGCCCCAUCUCCUCUCCUGCUCCCCCAUUACCCUGUGAGUUUGCUGUAGCUGGGCCAGUCCCCUGGAGCCACAAAACCUUGGGCCUGGCAUAGUUUGCACCCACCCCUGUUAAUUCUAUGUCUAAAGAUGAUGAACUACUUGC